AAAGAAUCCACGCAGAGCGGGCUGCGCUGCACAGCCUAGAGCUCUACGCUUGCGGUGUGGUGCUGUGUCCGGGUAGAAUCGCAUUCAAUGUCAUUAUUGCAUAUGUUCGUGCUAUGGCUAUAAAUCCGGAGCGGUCUGGUUUGCAACUUUCUUUCUUCAAAGUAGGACCAGCACCAGCACCAGAUGCAUCAGAGUUCUUGCGAAUCAAUUAAAUACUCUUGAAUAUAGAAGAAAAAGAUGUCGACCUCCCUCGCCGGCAAAACUGGCCUCGUUACAGGCGGCGCAAAGAAUUUAGGCGCUGACAUCGUGCGUGCCCAAGCAGCCGCAGGCAUCUCCCAGCUAGCCAUCCACUACAACUCGGCAUCCAGCAAGGGCGAAGCAACAAAGCUUGCCGCUGAAUUAAAGCAGUCGUAUCCAUCUCUGCAAACCGCGUUUUAUCAAGCCGACCUCACCACCGCAGACGCCGUGCAUACGCUUUUCCAAAACGUCAUCAAAGAGUUUGGGAAAGUCGAUAUUGUGAUUAACACCGUUGGGAAGGUGCUCAAGAAGCCGAUUACGGAGAUAAGUGAGAAGGAGUAUGACGAGAUGUUUGCGAUCAACUCCAAAGCGGCGUUCUUCAUUCUCAAAGAAGCAGCCGCGCACGUCACCGAGGGCGGCAAGAUUAUUACCAUCGUGACGGCCCUGCUGGCUGCUUUUACGGGCUUUUAUACCUCUUACGCAGGAAGUAAAGCGCCUGUUGAGCAUUUCACCAAGGGCGUGAGCAAAGAGCUACAAUCAAAGAGAAUCAGUGUAAAUGCUGUUGCGCCAGGGCCAAUGGAUACCCCAUUCUUCUAUCCCCAGGAAUCUCCCGAGGCAGUCGCGUUUCACAAGUCUAAUGGCAUGGGCAAUCGAUUGACCCAGACUUCGGAUAUUGCGCCGCUAGUACGCUUUCUCUGUACCGAGGGACAGUGGAUUACUGGACAGACCAUUUUCGCGAAUGGCGGAUAUACUUCUCGUUAAUUACCAUAGGGCGUAUUGCGAUCUUAAUAUGAUUUAGUUGCAUGCACAUGACCGUAGUGUAGAGCGCAAUGGAUGAACAAGUUAAAUCAAUAAUGUAAAGUGAUAUCCAAC